AUGGCAACAUUAUUUUAAUGUGAUGGUGCGAAUUGCAUUGAAGCAUUUCUAGAAGUGGCCAUAUCGACUACAGCUUCAAUCAUGGCUAUUAAUGGAUUCCGAAUUAUAUUUAGAGAUCGCAAUAAAUUGUUAUCUAAAUUGAACAAAAUUAUUUAUGGCAUCUCUAUGAGUUAAUUAAUAUUGCUUAGUGCCUAUUUUAUAUUUUGGGGAUCUGAUUUUGUAAUUUCAACUAUUAGAUGUCUAAGAAUUUUGAAUGAAAUUUUAUUAUGUACUUUGCUUGCAGAAAUCGGAUUUGAAAAAGAUUUUUUAGAUAAAUUAGAAGUCUUUUUAAAGAUCAUAAGUGGCUUUGUGUUUAUAGAAUGGUUUUGGACUGCAAUAAUAUCAAAUGAAGCAUAUGAUUAUUAUUGCUUAAAAAUGGAUUUGGUUUAUUUAUCUGGAACUACAGUAAUUUUAACUUUAUUUGCAUGUGGUUUUGGAUUUUAAGCGCUGGAUUAACUAUAAAUAUCAAAACAAGAAUUAAAGCCUACCGAUUAAAAUAAAAUGGAGGAACAAGCUUUAGAAAUUAAAAUCUUUUUGGGCUGCGAUUUGCUAUCUGGUCUAAUUUAAUUUGGAUGGGAUUAUUGGGCAAACAUGAGUGCCUAUACUCUUGAUGAUUGUAAAUCAUAUUAUGAGGCAUCAUCUAUUAUUAGUAUAUUUGUAAUGUUUAUCAUGAAAGUGUUAACGCUAAUGAUAUCUCCAAUGGCUAUUUAUUACAUCCUUUAUUAUAAACAAAGGCUAUAAUUCAAUUAUAGGGCCGCUAAUGUUUUAGAUAUUAAUGUCUUGAUAGAUCGAAGAAGUGAAUUAGUUGUUGAAUUAACAAAUGCUUGA